CCCCAGCGGUGAGAUGAUUAUAUUGUAUGGUACUGGGGGCGGCCGCAGCCGCAGGAUGGGGCGAGCGCGCGGACCCCGUCGGCAGCCGGAGCAGCAGCCACCUCAGUAACUCGGGCCCUCGAGCCGCCGCCCCCCGCCCGGGUCGCCCGCCCUCAGCUCAUGCACUCGCCGAGCGGCGGCAGCAGCGGGAGUAGCAGCCGCCGCCGCCGCCGCCACCCCCGCCCGAGGAGCUAAGGAGCUGCGCCGCGGCGGGAGUCCGAGGCGGGCGGGCGAGCGGUGCGCGGGCAGCGUGGGGCCGCCGAGGCGCGCUUGGGGUUCGGGGCCGCAGUCACCGCCGCGCCUGGGAGAUGUGCCCGGAGGAGGGCGGCGCGGCCGGGCUGGGCGAGCUCCGCUCCUGGUGGGAAGUCCCGGCCAUCGCGCACUUCUGCUCGCUCUUUCGCACCGCGUUCCGCCUGCCUGACUUUGAGAUCGAGGAGUUAGAAGCAGCUCUUCACAGAGAUGAUGUAGAGUUUAUCAGUGACCUGAUCGCCUGCCUGCUUCAGGGCUGCUAUCAACGAAGGGAUAUCACGCCUCAGACAUUCCACAGCUACCUAGAGGACAUCAUCAACUACCGCUGGGAGCUUGAAGAAGGGAAGCCCAACCCUCUGAGAGAAGCCAGUUUCCAAGACCUACCCCUUCGUACUCGUGUGGAAAUCCUACACCGCCUCUGUGAUUAUCGGCUAGAUGCAGAUGAUGUCUUCGAUCUUCUCAAGGGUCUGGAUGCAGACAGUCUCCGUGUGGAACCAUUGGGUGAAGACAAUUCUGGGGCACUCUAUUGGUAUUUCUAUGGAACACGAAUGUAUAAGGAGGACCCAGUGCAAGGAAAAUCCAAUGGAGAACUCUCUUUGAGCAGGGAAAGUGAAGGCCAAAAAAGUGUCUUAGCUGUUCCUGGGAAAACCGGAAAAAGAAGAGGAAGACCCCCAAAACGGAAGAAAGUACAGGAGGAGAUUAUAGUGAGUGAAAAACAGGAAGAAAACUCCUUGGCAUCCGAGCCACAGACAAGAAAUGGGUCCCAAGGGCCAGGUCAAGGGACCUGGUGGCUCCUGUGCCAAACAGAAGAAGAAUGGAGACAGGUCACUGAGAGUUUUCGGGAGAGAACCUCUCUUCGAGAACGGCAGCUCUAUAAGCUCCUCAGCGAGGACUUCUUGCCUGAGAUCUGCAACAUGAUUGCCCAAAAGGGAAAGCGUCCACAGCGCACAAAGGCAGAAUUGCAGCCUAGGUGGAUGUCUGACCACCUGUCCGUCAAAUCCAUCAAGCAAGAGGAGACCCCUGUGCUUACCAGAAUAGAAAAACAGAAGCGUAAAGAGGAGGAGGAAGAACGUCAGAUUCUCCUAGCAGUGCAGAAGAAGGAGCAGGAGCAGAUGUUAAAGGAAGAGAGGAAACGAGAGUUGGAGGAAAAGGUCAAGGCAGUGGAAGAUCGAGCAAAGAGGAGAAAGCUCAGGGAAGAAAGGGCGUGGCUGCUGGCCCAAGGGAAGGAGCUCCCCCCAGAACUUUCCCAUCUGGACCCUAACUCCCCCAUGAGAGAAGAAAAAAAGACUAAAGACCUCUUUGAGUUGGAUGAUGAUUUCACUGCCAUGUAUAAAGUUCUCGAUGUGGUAAAGGCUCACAAGGAUUCUUGGCCCUUUUUAGAACCUGUGGAUGAAUCGUAUGCCCCAAACUAUUACCAGAUUAUUAAGGCCCCCAUGGAUAUCUCAAGCAUGGAGAAGAAACUGAAUGGAGGUUUAUACUGUACCAAGGAGGAAUUUGUAAAUGACAUGAAGACUAUGUUCAGGAAUUGUCGAAAAUACAAUGGGGAAAGUAGUGAAUAUACCAAGAUGUCUGAUAAUUUAGAGAGGUGUUUCCAUCGGGCAAUGAUGAAGCAUUUUCCUGGGGAAGAUGGAGACACAGAUGAAGAAUUUUGGAUCAGAGAGGAUGAAAAGCGAGAGAAGAGACGGAGCCGGGCUGGGAGAAGCGGCGGAAGCCACGUUUGGACCCGCUCCAGGGACUCUGAAGGGCCCAGCAAGAAACAGCAACCAGUGGAGAAUGGAGGAAAGUCCUUGCCACCUGCACGCCGAGCUCCCUCUUCUGGAGAUAAUCCUAGCAGUAGUUCCACACAGCUCCCUCGGGAGGGGAGCACCUCAAAUGGCCGAGGCUUUUCUCGUCCCCUACAUUAUGGGGGGAUGCCCAACCAGGCACCCCUUUUAAACCAGAUGAGGCCAGCAGUACCAGGAACAUUUGGCCCUCUUCGAGGAUCAGAUCCUGCCAAUUUAUAUGUCUCCUCUAGAGUCCCAGAACCACACCCUGGAGAGCCUGUACAGCAGCAUCAGCCUUUUGCCAUGCAGCCUCCAGUUGGAAUUAACAACCACCGAGGACCCAGGCUAGGCACACCAGAAGAGAAGCAAGUGUGUGGGGGACUGACACACCUUACUAACAUGGGAUCACAUCCUGGAUCCUUGCAGCUUAGGCAGAUGGGUGGCCCCAGUCAGGAUGGAAAUAUUUAUCCCCCAACUCAAUUCCAAUCAGGAUUUAUUCCUCCCAGGCAUGGUGGGGCUCCAGCCCGACCCCUAGACUUUCCUGAAAGCUCAGAAAUUCCUCCCAGCCACAUGUACCGAUCAUACAAGUACCUGAAUCGAGUACACUCUGCUGUCUGGAAUGGGAACCAUGGUGCUACAAACCCAGGACCCUUGGGCACAGAUGAGAAGCCCCCCAUGGGGCCAGGACCCUCUCACCAACCUCGCACUCUUGGUCAUGUGAUGGAUUCCCGAGUGAUGAGACCUCCUCUCCCCCCAAACCAGUGGACUGAACAAUCAAGCUUUCUACCUCAUGGAGUUGCUUCUUCAGGGUAUAUGCGACCACCCUGUAAAUCUGGUGGACUUCGGUUACAGCCACCUCCAGCCCCAACGCCAAGUUCUUUAUUUGGAGCACCCUCCCAGGCUCUGCGGGGGGUGCAAGGAGGGGACUCCAUGAUGGACAGCCCAGAGAUGAUUGCCAUGCAGCAGCUUUCUUCCCGAGUUUGCCCACCAGGUGUGCCUUACCACCCCCGACAGCCUACACCGCCCCAUUUACCUGGCCCUUUUCCACAGGUAGCUCACUCGGCAUCAGUAAGUGUGUCAGCCCCCAAGCCUACCUUGGGGAAUCCUGGGAGGACACAGGAUAACAGUGAAACACAAGAGCCUGAAAAUGACCGAGCAGAUCCCUUGCCUGGGCUUGAGGAGAAACCACCAAACAUUGGUGGUUCAGAGGGCGUGUACCUCAAACAACUACCUCACCCUACACCUCCCUUGCAGACCGACUGUACCAGGCAGAGCUCACCACAAGAAAGGGAAACAGAGGGCCCAGAGCUCAAAAGCGACUCCUCAGAUUCUGGAGACAACUGUAAAGCAACAAAGAACAAGAAUACCUGGCCCUCAGAGAGCGGCUAUACCAGCCCAGCCACUCAAGGAUGUAUGCGAGACCUCUCCACUCUGGCAGAUAGAGGGGCUCUACCUGAAAAUGGAGUAGUUGUUGAAGCAUCCCCUUGUGGAUCAGAGGGGAAGGGCCUUGGUGGUAGUGGUUCAGAAAAGCCACUCUGCCCCAGAGGUAAAACACUACAGGAAACCAUGCCAUGUGCAGGACAGAACCCAGCUACACCUCCCAACACAGACCCCAGUUUGAUGGGAGGCACUGUAAGCCAGUUUUCUCCCUUGUACAUGCCUGGCCUGGAAUACCCAAAUUCAGCUACCCAUUACCACAUCAGUCCAGGCCUGCAAGGUUUGGGCCCUGUGAUGGGAAGUAAACCCUCAGUAUCCCAUCCUCAGCAUUUUCCCCCUAGGGGCUUUCAAUCUAGCAACCCUCAUUCUGGAGUCUUUCCCCGGUAUCGCCCCCACCAAGGAAUGAGGUAUUCCUACCAGUCACCACCUCAGCCUUCCUACCAUCACUAUCAGCGAACUCCUUAUUAUCCGUGUCCACAGGGCUUUUCUGACUGGCAAAGACAUCUUCAUCCCCCGGGAAGCCCAAGUGGGCUCCCACCUAAUCCACCUCCCCCACCAAGGCCCCUCUUCUCAGAUAAGAGCACCUUGGCUAAUCUGCAAGGCUGUGAGACACUGAAUGCUGCCUUAACUUCCCCAACCCAAAUGGAUGCAGUGGCUGCUAAAGUAGUCUCAGCUGAUGGGCAGAAUCCUGUUCCAGAGGAAGAAAAGCUGGAUGAAUCUAUGGAGAGACCAGAGAGUCCCAAAGAAUUUUUAGACCUGGACAACCAUAAUGCAGCUACCAAGCGACAGAGCUCAUUGUCAGCCAAUGAAUAUCUUUAUGGAACUCCUCCACCUCUGAGUUCAGGGAUGGGAUUUGGUUCAUCUACUUUCCAACCCCAUGGUGUGAUGCUACAGACAGGGCCUCCUUAUACACCUCAGCGGCCAGCCAGUCAUUUCCAGCCCAGAGCUUACUCCUCCCCUGUGGCUGCUCACCCACCUCACCAUCCAGUGGCUGCCCAGCCCAACGGCCUCUCUCAGGAGGGCCCCAUCUAUCGCUGCCAGGAAGAUGGCCUGGGUCACUUUCAAGCUGUAAUGAUGGAACAGAUUGGCACUGGAAGUGGAAUAAGGGGACCUUUCCAAGAAAUGUACAGAUCAUCAGGAAUGCAAAUGCAUCCGGUCCAGUCACAGUCCUCGUUCCCAAAGACCCCAGCACCAGCAACGUCACAGGAAGAGCUGCCACCACAUAAACCCCCAACACUUCCUCUUGAUCAGAGCUAGUCCAAGGAGGAAAUAAACCCCAAGGAAACAGAAAGCUGCGCAUGAAGACUGGAACAUGGAGAAUUUAGGGGAACGGUCCCUGCCCAUCUCUGUUCCUGUUCCCCCGCCACACCCCUUCACAGUGCAUCACUCGUGCCAUCCAAGAGCUGGAGCCAUUCCCAGAGUCCUAGACUAACACCAGCUUGCACCGGUCCUUGGGCAGGGAUCUUUGCAUGGCUGAUAGUUAAAAACAGAUGAACUGAAAUUAGUGACAGCUUUUCUAAGUCCUGAGACUCUUUUUUCAGGGAAGAUCAUCCUAAACUUGGGGGAGGGGUCAUACUUAUGAAUGGAGUGGUGCUUGUAAACUUUCAUGAGCAGCUAAACUCAGGUAUAUAUUUGGGGAAGGGACUACUCGUAGUAUUAAUGUGUUUGGAGCUGGGUCCAGUUUACAGAAUUUUCAUGUUGCCUUUUAAAAAUAAUUUUUGUUGUUGGUGGUGAAUGUAUUGUAC